AUGCGCUCGAGUAUUGCUUCUGGCUUGCAAAGCGUCAUCGGACUCAUUGUUCAGUCUCACGCGUCUCGUGCUUCUGUCUAUAUAGAUGCUGCACAGUUACCGACCACGACAUUUGACUUCGUCGUCAUCGGAGGCGGCUCUGCCGGGAAUGUCGUUGCUUCCCGGCUGUCGGAAGAUCCGCGCUUCUCGGUUCUAUUGAUUGAAGCAGGGAUUUCGAACAAGGACGUCCUCGAAGUCGAAGUCCCUUUUCUCGCUCCGAACAACCUUGCCAACUCCUCUCUGUUAUGGAACUAUAUGACAGAACCGCAAGCGGGCCUCGACAACAGAACACUCUUCUACCCCAGGGGCCGUCUUCUUGGAGGCAGUAGUUCUGUCAAUUAUCUUGCGUAUACUCGAGGUGCGGACGAGGAAUACGAUCAGUGGGCCGAGCUCACCGGAGACGCUGGAUGGUCGUGGGACAAUGUCUCCAAAUAUUAUUAUAAAGUACGUAUUAGACUUCAUUCACAUGUCUCUGUCAUCGGCUCAUGGUGCUUUCUCCCAGAGCCAUCCUAA